AUUCACGCUCUCUGUGCACGAGCAGAACAUCCGUCUGAAGCAGCUUCAAAUACCAAUUUUCGCUUUAGCAUAUUUUGAAGUCUGAAAUGGGCGGGGAUGCGAGGAGUUGGGACGAAGAGAGUUACAGAAGCAGCAUUGUGCAAGAGAGAGAGCUCCAGUAUCGAACAGUUUUCAGGACCAUAUUCGCUCCAUCUCAGAACCCUAAUCCAGAUAUCAUUGUAGUCGCAUCAAGCGAUGGAUCUGUUGCUCCAUACUCCAUAUCUUCGUGUAUCUCUUCAUACUCAUCACGUUUUAGCAAGACUUGGGAUCAACAGCAUUUGCCUGGUUAUUUAAUGGCUGAACCUCUUUGCUCCCUCCAAGCACAUAAUGGACCGGCAUAUGAUGUUAAAUUUUACGGUGACAAGGAUGAUUCUUUAUUGUUGAGUUGUGGAGAUGAUGGUCGGAUUCGAGGGUGGAGGUGGAAGGAUAUACUAAACUCAGAGAAUUCGUCUACUGUGCAAGGAAACCAAUCGGAGCCACUACUUGACUUGGUAAACCCUCAACACAAAGGUCCUUGGGGUGCUCUUUCUCCAAUCCCAGAAAACAAUGCCAUUGCCAUUAAUAGCCAGGAGGGAACCAUUUUUUCUGCCACUGGUGAUUCUUGUGCAUAUUGUUGGGAUGUGGAGAAAAGUAAAAUCAAAAUGGUUUUUAAGGGGCAUACAGACUACUUGCAUUGUGUUGUUGCUCGUAACUCAAGUAAUCAGAUCAUAACUGGUUCUGAAGAUGGCACAGCACGAAUAUGGGAUUGCAAAAGUGGAAAAUGUAUUCAAGUGAUACAUCCAGAGAAGGAUACAAAAUUAAAAGAAACCUUCUCAUGGGUUAGUUGCAUUGCUCUCGAUGCAAGUGAAAGCUGGUUGGCUUGCAGCAGUGGAAGGUUUUUAUCAGUCUGGAAUCUUCAUGCAUGUGAGUGGAUUUCAAGAAUUGCCACUUCUUCCCCCAAACAGGACAUAUUAUUUGAUGACAAUCAAAUUUUAGUAGUUGGAGCAGAGCCUAUACUCAGUCGCUUUGACAUAAAUGGGAUAAUUCUCUCACAUAUACAAUGUGCUCCUCAGUCAGCAUUUUCGAUCUCCCUGCAUCAUUCAGGAGUUAUGGCAGUUGGAGGCUAUGGAGGACUGGUUGAUGUCAUCUCCCAAUAUGGGAGCCAUUUGUGCACAUUUAGAUGCAGUGGUACCCACGGCGGGGAUCCGAGGAGUUGGGAAACCCUAACCCUAAAAAGGCAGAAACGAUAUUGCUCUUGCGUUUCAUCGUCUUCUUUCAUAACCAGUGAUCAUCGGCUAUCUUCAUCAUUCAGGCUUGGGACCAGCUGUGCAAGACAAACUCACAUCAUCAUCAUCAUCAACAUCAUCAUCAACAUCAACAUCAUCAACAUCAUCCAGUUCAUGGCGGGAUUGGCACCUGAAGGUUCACAAUUUGAUGCGCGCCAGUAUGAUGCCAAAAUGAGUGAGCUACUUACGGCAGAUGGACAAGAUUUCUUUACAUCAUAUGAUGAGGUCUAUGAAAGUUUUGAUGCCAUGGGCUUGCAAGAGAAUCUUCUGAGGGGCAUCUAUGCAUAUGGGUUUGAGAAGCCCUCUGCAAUUCAGCAAAGGGGAAUUGUGCCCUUCUGCAAAGGUCUUGAUGUAAUUCAGCAGGCACAGUCUGGGACAGGAAAAACAGCAACAUUCUGCUCUGGAAUUCUUCAGCAGCUUGAUUAUGGUUUAGUAGAAUGCCAAGCCUUGGUUCUUGCACCUACCAGAGAACUUGCACAACAAAUCGAGAAGGUUAUGCGAGCACUUGGAGACUAUCUUGGUGUGAAAGUUCAUGCCUGUGUAGGUGGAACUAGUGUCCGUGAGGAUCAACGCAUUCUUUCAAAUGGAGUUCAUGUUGUUGUUGGUACUCCUGGUCGUGUUUUUGAUAUGUUGCGGAGACAGUCGCUUCGCCCUGAUUACAUUAAGAUGUUUGUGUUGGAUGAGGCAGAUGAAAUGCUUUCUCGAGGUUUCAAGGACCAGAUCUAUGAUAUUUUCCAGCUCCUGCCAUCAAAAGUUCAAGUUGGGGUUUUUUCUGCUACAAUGCCACCUGAGGCCCUUGAGAUCACGAGGAAGUUCAUGAACAAGCCUGUAAGGAUUUUGGUGAAGCGUGAUGAGCUCACUCUUGAGGGUAUUAAGCAAUUUUAUGUCAACGUUGAAAAGGAGGACUGGAAACUUGAGACACUAUGUGAUUUGUAUGAGACUUUGGCCAUCACACAGAGUGUCAUUUUUGUGAACACUCGACGCAAAGUUGACUGGCUUACUGACAAGAUGCGGAAUCGCGACCACACAGUAUCUGCCACCCAUGGAGAUAUGGACCAGAACACCAGGGAUAUUAUCAUGCGUGAAUUUAGGUCUGGUUCCUCUCGUGUGCUUAUCACCACAGAUCUCUUGGCUCGUGGUAUUGAUGUGCAGCAAGUUUCUCUUGUCAUAAACUACGAUCUUCCUACACAGCCUGAAAACUACCUCCAUCGAAUUGGUCGUAGUGGACGGUUUGGAAGGAAAGGUGUUGCCAUCAACUUUGUGACACGUGAUGAUGAGAGGAUGCUGUUUGACAUACAGAGGUUCUAUAAUGUAGUCAUUGAGGAGCUGCCAUCAAAUGUUGCUGAUCUCCUGUGAUGAGUUUUGUUCGUGGUUUAUAUGAAGGUAAGACUAAGAUGCUUUUUAUUUGCCAAGUACUAUUUAAUGUUGGCUCUUUUAUAGGUUUAGUGCCUUAAUUAGUGUCUUUGAACUUAUCUUACUGUCGAGUAAAAUGGGUCCUGCACAUUUGUAAUGGGGAAUUUAUGAUUGCCCAUUUUGGGUGUGAAUGGGGUAUCUGUUGUUGCGAAUUUUUUGUAUCUUUUUUUUAUUACCGAAAAGAGGUAGUUUGGAUUGGUUCAUUUUUUUCCUUUAUUUAUGCUUUGGUUUUAUUUUUAAUAUGUUGAGAGGGGAUACUGUGUAGAAUGAAAACAUGAUUUGUUAAUGUUGGAUACAGGAAUUCUCUUCAAUAUUGAA